AUGUUGGAAUCGUUAUCAUCAGACGACAUGGGCCUCUUCACCCAAGAUGUGAAAAAGAUUUACCUAGCCACUAGGAAGAACGUGUCGAAUAUCUUCGAGUCCCUUAUAUUAAGCUUGGAUCUUCGAGAUAACCCCGAGAAGAGUAAACACCUGCUUUUUGGUAAGCAGCAUCCACCUUUCUCGUUUAGCGUGGAAGAUGCAUUGAACAAAUUAUCAAACCUUCGGCUAGAUAUAGAGGUCAAAUUGGCCAGGACUACAAUCACUUACAGCAUGAAACAAAGCUUGGCUUUCGAUUUGCUCAAGCAGUUCUUCGAAGCAAAGCUCAUACAUUAUCCCAACUCGAGGACAGAGACGAAGCUUGGUCGACACGGGAUCCUACAGAUUACCCCCAAGGGAACUGCUAUGGUGUGUGCGUUCUGUCAAAGUAUUGGGAUCUCCUCCAAGGCUAUACCAUCAGUCGUCAAGUCAGCCUUCAACUCGAUGGAGUUAUUCAUUCUAGAACGUUCGUCUGUGAACCAAAACAUCUUGUGCUCAGAGUAUUUGGUGAAGAUGCUAUUUUCUUGGGUCAUGGGACCCGUUCCAAACGUAUGGUCAGUCGAUAGGCAGCCCGAUCCGAUCUCGUGUGUUUACUACGAAACGAGGUUCGAUGGUGAAUAUGAUUUCUUCAGUGCCGAUGAACAUCGUUCACAGAUUGGUGACGGAUCCAUCAAAGAAAGUGUGAUAAGCCCCUUCCAUCAUAGGUAUUUCACCAACCCUGAGUCCGACUCACACGUUCAAUACUACGUGUCUAACACCGGAGUUCGACUAUUCAAGCAAAAAGUGUUUCUAAACAACGACAAGAAAGUUAUUGUCGAUUACUGUGUUUCUGGAAAAGCUAUAGUGCAGUGGCUCUGUGACUGUACCAGUGUCAGGAACGCAGCGGAGGCAGUAAGUGUUGGAGAUCUCUUUAUCGAGCGGGGCCUUCUUCGCCAAAUCACAGUUGACAAGCAAAGGUUCCUGAAUGAUAGAAAUGCCUUCUAUAUUCUUACCGAGCAAGGCAGUGUGGCAUGCAAAUGGAGUGCAAAGAUCAAACGCAAGAACCUCACAAAUAACUUUCCACUGCUUGAUAUACACCCUUCUGGAUUCUCAACUAGUCAAUUCGAUGGGCCAACUCUCAAGGAUAUCAUUAAAGAUCCUGGCUUGAGAAUAUUGUUUAAGAUGCACAUGCAGAAGGAGAGGUGUGUGGAGAACAUGAAUGCCUAUAUUCUGCUAGUGAACUUUGGCGACCUGGUGCAACAGGUAUUCAAGCUCCACAAGUAUUACCAAGCGCUUGAGGAUGGGCCUCGUAAGAGCAAAGUUUUUAACGCCAUAAGCUUCCAUAUGAAUAGUUUUUUCUCCAAAGCUUUUCAGCUUUACUCAGCCUACAUCAGCCCAGAUCUGCAAUUUGAUUUGAAUAUCGACUACAAACUCAGACAGGACGCCCAACGACUCUUGACGUUUGAUGGCCCACUUCUGCCAACGAUCGACCAUAUGAUGACGCCAAUGACAGAUAAGCUGUUCUUCGGUGAUCAGGACCUAUCACAAAUUGCACAGCCGUUGACACCUCCGGUGGACGCUAAUCAUGUUAUUAUCGAAAGCGAUUUGGUGAAGAAUGUUGCGUUGGUGAGUGAUAUUCACCGCGUAUUUCUCAAAAUUGCAGAUUCCAUCUUCAGGCUCAUGGAGAUUGAUUCAUAUCCUAAAUUUAUUAAGACUGACGCUUUUUUGGAUGCUGUUGCCCAUGUAUAA